GGGGGGACACGGGGAACCUCCGGCUCAGCCGCCAGGGCUUUAAACUAACCCCCCCCCCGACCGGAGGGCGGCACCGCUCCUCCAGCCGCGCCGACCGGGGCAGCUCCUCAGCCGCGUGGGGCCGGACAUUGAAGGGUUUUGUGUUCGCGGGGGGCCGCCAGAUGUUGAACGUUGAAGGGUUUUGUGUUCGCGGGGGGCGGCAGAUGUUUUAUUCUAAAAAUAAGCAACUUGCCCCAGCCGCCUCAAGAUCCAUCAUCCUUUGCGGGUUUUACUUUGGCCAACCUUUCCUUCACACAUUGGUUCUGCGGGGUUUAUUUCGCCCCAGAAACAGGUUAAACCGCCCGCCGGCGCCGCCCGGGCCGUCAUUUCGAGUAUUGAACGUUAAUUGUCUCGGAGGCGGGCGGCGCUCCCAGCAGGCGCGGCGGCCGGGGCGGCGAAGAUGGCGGAGAGGAGACGGGGCCGCGACGUCGGCGGCGGUGCGGAGCGGCGGGAGGCGGGCGGCAGCCCCGGGGGCAGCCCGGCGGCAGGUCGGGGCAACGGCGGGUGGAGCGGCGGGUCCGGGCAGCCCGGCCGACGCCCCCGACCGCACCCCCGGCGUCAACGCCUUCGCCAACGACGGCAGCUUCAUGGCGCUCUUCAAGAAGAUGGAGGAGGAGAAGCUGAGGCGGGAAGCGGGCGGCGGGGACACGGAGGGCGGCGCCGAGGCCGGCAGCGACGGCCGCGGCCAGGCCGGCAGGAAACCCGCGCUGAAUAUUGUGGCAAAGCGGCGAGGUGGGGCAAAGCUAGCCCUCAAGACGGGAAUGGUAGCCAAGAAACACAAGGCUGAUGAGGAGGCUGAGGCACGUGGAGGAGAUGCGUGGGCCAAAUACAUGGCAGAGGUGAAGAAAUACAAAGCACAUCAGUGCAGUGACGACGACAAAACCCGGCCUCUUGUUAAAUAGCCUCAUUUGCAGCCCAUGCAGACAAGAACUGUAUUAUAUUUUACACCGUUAAGAUCAAGUCCUCAACCCAUUGCCCUGACUGUACAGACAGUAAGGCCUGAAAUAUGUAUUUAUUUGAAUUUGUGGUUUGAAAAUGACACCUGCAAAAACAUCCAAUGCAUUGUUUAAUUUUCAACAUUGUAAUCCUGCCUACUUUCACAGUGAUUAUUAGUGUACAGUUUCCAUUUUCUUCCUAUCCCACAUACUGUUUUCACCAUACAACAUAGUUUUCAGACACUUUUAAUCUUUAUUUUUUAUAAUAUGCACGAUAUAGUUCCAGUUGUCAGUAAACAGAAAACUCCAUGCAUAUUUGCUCUUUUGUGCCUGCAGUUAUUAGCUACAGAACCGUAGCCAAUUUUUGAAACGUGUAUAUAACAUUGUAUACUCUGCCAGCCUCCCCUUGGCAAGUGUAUUGGCCAGGAUGGGACUGGCUAGUUUGGUCUUGGGUUGGUCUGAUGCUUGCCAUGUUUCUUUGAGGAGCCCAGUGCCUGAGUGGUGCUGUUGGUAUAUUCUGUAUCUCCCUUAGGCCCCCAGGGGUAAGAGGCAGUAGGAGGACUUGUUUCUUGUAGUCUGUUGUUUACACUACUAGAUGUUCUGGAGGCCAGUGACCGAAUCAGGUCUUGACUGGACUUCACACCGAGUUUCAUCCUGGGGAUGAGGUCUGUCCAGGGGACAAAGCUGAAAGUGUGACCGCCACUGUGUCCCAUGACUAGAUCGUCCAGUGGACCAGUCGAAGUGGCUGGUGGGUGGAUGUCCCAGCACAGUUAAGGGGGACCGAGCAGUGAGAACACAGGAAUUGGAGUGGGGUUAGCAAAGAUUUCUCAAGUUUGCAAAACUACCUCAGAUGUAUUUAGUGGAACAUUUUCACGUAGCUAUCCAUAUGACCUCGCUGGGUUCCACCCAGGUAGUAUUCACCUUCCAGCAGUGCAAGUAGAAGACUUGGCCUUGUUUGAUGCUUGAAUUUCUUUUCCCAUAAAUAACCACUAAGCCUGUUACAUUGUUCGAUGUCUUUCUGCCCGCUGAUCCUGGAGAGUUCUGUGAGACUGUUCAGUCAAAAUAAAAUAAUGGUGGAAAAAAUCAGUGACUUCAGAGUGUGGGUUUGGUAAUCAUGUUAUAGAUAAGGUGUGGGGGGAGGAGAGCCAAGCUGGUGAAGCAGUUUUCCUCUGCUGGUGGCUGCUGAUGGGGAGAAACUUCAGACCUUGCAGUUGGAUCUGAGUCUUGUACAUUCCAAAGCCAUCGGGUUAGUUCCGAGCCAGGCAGGGCUCUUGCUGUCCUCUCGAACCACAAGCCAUCCUUUGACAUCCCUGGGACCCUUGUUUGCAUGGCAGUUGAUAUUUCUGGUAGAUGUUUGGGUGUGGAAACCAUAGGUGUUUCUGAAAUGGGUGUGAGGGGUAGGGAGGAAUUCAGAUUGGGUGUGGAGAGAGUAGAAUAGAACUAGUUUGUAGAAUAUUACAAGUGGUUUCCAAUUUAACAGUCCUUCUGAUUUACGUUUCCCUUCUCUGAGUUCUAUCUCCCACCCCUCAAUCUUUCUAGAUUUGAGCCUUUGGUUCUCGCAGAUUUUCCCGAUUACUCUCUCAUGCUCGGGAUGUGAAGUUUGCCCAGAAACGGUGAAGCUUUCUGAUCUUGCCUUGCCUGGGGCCUGCCUCCUCCUGUCGGUGACAGAACUGUGUGGUGACAGGAUGGCCUUCACUUCCCCACACACUGUGUUGGGGAGAACCUUCCAGCUGCUUGUUUUGACAUUAAAAGCACCCACUGGG